AAAAACUAUAUGCCGGUAAACGUCUCGGGUUUCAGGGGGAGUGACAUUUCUUUAGAGGGUUGGAGAAAGAGAAAAAAGAAAUCUCCAUAAACCCGACAAAGCGUCUGAGAACGGAGCCACUAUCCUCAGAGACUGCGCGUCACGUCAGUGGAAAUGUGUAUUUUCGCGGGGAUGUUUUUCACACCGCUUGAUACAAUGUUGCAUUGCGUGUCGGUUUAGAAGAAGGGUGCAUUGAUUUUGCGCGAGCCGUUUGGUGAAGCAGUAACACAACUUGGUUUCCGACGAAAAAAAAAAAGUUUAUGGGACGCACUUUUUUCCAUUUGAAGGAUUUACACAAACACUCACGGAUACUAUUUAGUUGCCCGCUGAUGGCAUGCGAUCCUUUCCUCGGUGCACUGUGAUUUUGCCCUGUUGGAUUUGGGAAUAGUGGAUAGUUUUGGUUGCAUUCCUCACUGGAUUCGGCCCAUGCAUAAGUCCCGUUUAUAUGCGGAUCCUGAGCUUCGCUAUUCUGCUCCUCUUCUUCCCAGGUGAUUGGAAGGAAUUCCAGUGAGUGACAGAGCACCCAGCCUGAAGUUCAUGGUUGGGUGGAACUCCUCAGAUGGGAUCUGUGUCCAGGGGGAGGUCGAGGAGGGGGGGAUGGGGUGGUACACCCGCUGCUGAUGGGAUGUCCGCUUUGGGGUGGCUUCUGGGUGUGCUUCUGCUUUUGACCCUGACAAGAGUGUCCGUGGCACGGCCAUCGUUAAGGAUCGCUGGGAAAGUGGAGACUAAGCUUGAACCAGAAGAGCCUCAAACCAAAAUCCAAAACUCUAAGCCCACCCUGUGCUCGGUGCACCCGGGCGAACUUCUCAAGCUCAGCUGCCCCCUGCCUGAGGCGACCGCCAUCGUUUGGACUAAAGACGGCUCCUCGCUUGGCCCGGACAACCGCACGCUCAUAGAUCAGGAGUGGCUACAAAUUCGCGACGCCACCCCUAAGGACUCCGGCCUGUACGUGUGCAGUGCCGCAGGCUCGCAGGCCGGUGAUGUGCUUUGCUUCAUCGUAAAUGUAACAGAUGCCAUCUCAUCCGGCGAUGAUGAGGACGACACGGAGCGAACGGACUAUGUCGGGGCAGAUGGAGAACAAAUGCGGGCACCGUAUUGGACCUCGCCGGACAAGAUGGAGAAGAAGCUACAUGCAGUACCGGCGGCCAACACUGUGAAGUUUCGGUGCGCAGCUGCAGGGAACCCCAAACCCAAGAUGCGCUGGCUGAAAAACGGGAAACCCUUCCGACAGGAGGAUCGUAUGGGCGGCUACAAGGUUCGACACCAGCACUGGACUCUAAUUAUGGAGAGCGUCGUUCCCUCUGAUAAAGGCAACUACACCUGCCUGGUUGAGAAUGCAUACGGCUCCAUCAACCACACUUACACCCUGGAUGUAGUGGAACGCUCUCCGCACCGGCCAAUUCUUCAGGCAGGCCUGCCUGCUAACACUACCGUACACAUCGGAGAAGACGCGAAGUUCGUCUGUAAAGUUUACAGUGAUGCCCAGCCUCAUAUCCAGUGGCUGCAACACAUUGUCAAGAACGGCAGCCGUUAUGGCCCUGAUGGACUCCCAUAUGUCCGCGUGUUGAAGCGCUCGGGCAUAAAUAGCUCGGAUGUGGAAGUUCUCAUGCUCACCAACGUCACAGAAGAGGACGCUGGUGAAUAUACGUGCCAGGUCUCCAAUUAUCUUGGGCAGGUCAACCAGUCCUGUUGGCUGACUGUCCUACCAGCCCAGACAGACACCAUCGAGCAAGACUACCCUCCGGACUACGUCGAGAUCGCAAUCUACUGCAUAGGCGUCUUUCUGAUCGCCUGUAUGGUGGUGAUCGUGGUGGUUUGCAGAAUGAGAACGUCGGCUAAGAAGCCUGAUUUUGGGAGUCAACCUGCGGUUCACAAGCUGACCAAACAAAUCCCACUGCGCCGCCAGGUGUCUUCUGACUCCAGCUCCUCCAUGAGCUCCAGCACGCCAUUGGUCAGGAUCACCACUUGCCGUAGCUCCGCCCAUGAUGACCCCAUCCCUGAGUAUGACCUUCCUGAAGACCCCCGCUGGGAGUUCUCCAGAGACAAGUUAACUCUUGGUAAACCGCUGGGUGAGGGCUGCUUUGGUCAGGUGGUUAUGGCUGAAGCUCUGGGCAUCGACAAGGACAAACCAAAAGAAGCCGUGACGGUAGCUGUCAAGAUGCUGAAAGAUGAUGCAACAGAGAAAGACCUUUCUGACCUGGUGUCAGAGAUGGAGAUGAUGAAGAUGAUUGGUCGGCACAAAAACAUCAUCAAUUUGUUGGGGGCGUGCACUCAGGAUGGUCCGUUAUAUGUAAUAGUGGAGUAUGCGUCUAAGGGGAACCUUCGAGAGUAUUUGAGGGUCCGGCGGCCCCCCGGAAUGGAGUACUCCUAUGAUAUAGCCCGGGUAUCAGAUGAACCUCUCACCUUCAAAGAUCUGGUCUCCUGCACUUAUCAAGUAGCUCGCGGCAUGGAGUAUUUAGCAUCACAAAAGUGUAUACACAGAGAUCUGGCUGCCAGGAAUGUUUUGGUCACAGAAAGCAACGUUAUGAAGAUUGCAGACUUUGGCCUGGCCAGAGACGUCCACAACAUAGAUUACUAUAAAAAGACGACGAAUGGUCGUCUGCCCGUGAAGUGGAUGGCUCCAGAGGCUCUGUUCGACAGAGUUUAUACGCACCAGAGUGAUGUCUGGUCGUUUGGGGUUCUCAUGUGGGAGAUCUUCACGCUCGGCGGUUCUCCAUAUCCAGGAAUACCCGUAGAGGAGCUCUUUAAGCUACUAAAAGAGGGUCAUCGCAUGGACAAGCCCGCUAACUGCACCAACGAAUUGUACAUGAUGAUGAAGGACUGCUGGCAUGCGAUCUCCUCUCACAGACCCACAUUCAAACAACUGGUGGAGGACCUGGACCGCAUUCUCACUUUGGCAACCAAUGAGGAGUAUCUGGACCUGUGUGCCCCAGUGGAGCAGUACUCACCCAGCUUCCCAGAUACACGCAGCUCUUGCUCCUCCGGUGACGACUCUGUCUUCUCCCAUGACCCCUUAGCGGACGAACCCUGUCUCCCCAAGUACCAGCAGAUCAACGGAGGCAUAAAAACAUGAGCUGCCCUCCUCCUGCUUUGAUCUUCUCCAAACCCACCACAUCCAAGCUACACCUUCAGUUCUCAAAGAGUGAGAGACUUAACCCACAAUUCCCUUUACCCACCCAGAACCGUAUGCUGCCUCUAGACUCCUCACGAAGCUCCCGCUGGACUUUCGGAGUGUACCAAGGGAGGCCAGCAGUGCUGCUUUCCGAAAAACAAACUGAAGUGUGUCAAGUGCAGCUGCUUUUUUGUGGAAUCACACGCAAAAACAUGUGACCAAGCUCUUAAGAAGAGGACAGGACCGAAGUGUUGAGACUGAAUGACUAGCUGUUCCCAAGGGCCCACCUCUUGUAUUUUUUGAAGAUUUUUCUCCAUUCCAGACUGUUUCUUGGCAUUCCAGGAGUUUGUGUUCCCAAGAGAAAUUACAUGGUACAUGUGCAGAACUCUGAAGAGAGUAAAAAAGACUAAAUGAGACAAUAGAAAACAAUAUAGUAAGGAAACGUACAACUAAUACAAGUAGAAGAAAACAUAACAACACUGCCUCCAGUUGAUUUUUUGUUUUAUUUAAGCAUUUUGUUUUAUGAUCGGUUUUUUCCUUGAUAACACAGUUAUCGUACAAAAGCCCAUGCAGUUAUUCUUGGUAAAAAAAAUAAAAAAAGAAUACAUGGGAUAUAUUGCUGGGUAUAUUUGUAAAUAUAUUCAAAUAUGUAAAAAUAUAUAUUAUAUAUUUACAUUGAAUUAUUUUUUGUAUGGACUUCCCAACAGUUCCUUUCUCUUCCCCCUUUUAGAUGUUUCUCUGACAUAUACAUACAUUCACACACAAACAUACAUAUAUACAGCAGCACUCGACAUUAACAGUUUUGUGGGAGUGUGGUGCAGGAGAUUGCAUAUAUGUUGCUUUCAUAUUGAGCCUUGGUGCUCAGGUGGGUGGUGGUGGUUCGAUUCUGGGUACAGAAAAUCUUCAGCCCUGAAUGACAAAGUUUAAUGUCGAGUCCUGCAACUCUCAGUUGCUGACACAGUAAAGUACCAGCUUUCAGGGAAAGAGAUAGCUUGUUAAUUUAUUGACUUAUGUUAAAAAACGAUAUCAAAAGAAUAAAAAAGAUCCAAAUAAUAAAGCGAUAAUAAUAUUAAUGAUGACAGUAGAAACAGUAAUGAUUCGUAAUGUUUAUUUUGUCAUUUAAAAUGACAUUUCAGUGAGGCAAUGGUACAAAGAAUUAUAUGUAGCUGGUAUUGAAAGAUCUGCAUUUCUUAUGUUUUAUAUAUAUAUAUAUAUAUAUAUAUAUAUAUACAGGGUUUGGGAGUAACGAGAUUACGUAUUUAAAAUACUAAAUAUAAGUAACUGUAUUCCACUACAGUUACAAUUUAAAUCAUUGGUAAUUAGAAUACAGUUACAUUCAAAAAGUAUUUUGAUUACUGAAGAGAUUACUUUGCAUUUUAUUGUCAUUUGUUUCAUUUAAUAUUUAGUCCUUUCAGAUGGAAAACAUUUCUACAUAUAAAUGAUGCGAUCCAAAGUGCAUUUGAACAGCGGUGAAACACUUUCUUAUGAUGUGUUACAUUCAUACGAGCAGACAGAGAAGUAAGUUUGAAGUAAGUUUGGAGCAGAAGAAAUAGAAAUAAAACUUGUGUAAAUUGUCAGCUUUACGCUAAGAUAAAAUGCUAUUUCUAGCCAUUUUACAUGCACGUUACCAGGCCCGAGCAUAUUUUUGUUUUAUCAAGAAAAUUCACGUUGGAUCAUAAUUUCUUUUUUCUAGUAAGACCUUUGAUAUUAGGGCAAAAAUCAUAUUCUUGAUAAUAAUUUUUGUAUUGUUUUCCUGUAAAAAUAUCUAAAAAUCCUUAAAACAAGAUCAAUUAGAUUUAUCUUGUUUUAGAAACAACAGUGCAUAAGAUAUUUAGGUUUUUCAGAGAAUGUAUUUUUAACAUGUGUAUUUUGUCUUACUGUACUGGCAGAACAAUUGAAAAAUCUACCAGCGCUGAAGAAGUAAUCCAAAGUAUUUAGAUUACAUUACUGACCUUGAGUAAUCUAACGGAAUACAUUACAAAUUACAUUUUACAGCAUGUAUUCUGUAAUCAGUGGAAUACAUUUCAAAAAUAACUCUCCCAACCCUGCAUAUAUAUAUAUAUAUGUAUAUACACACACACAAAUGUGAAUGGUAAGUUAAAAUGCAAAAAUAACAUACAUUUUAUAGUCAGCUAAUCCCUUUUCUGUAGUAGACAAUGUUGUUUUUUUAUCUGGCUAUUUUUCUCACACUGAAGUUUGCAUUUGAAUUUGAUAAAUACUGGUGGAAAAAAGGUUGCAAUAUAUGAAAUAUGAAAUACAGUUUUAAGAAAUCAAAAGUAUUAAGAUAUUCAAGUGUUUAUUUUCUUCCUGACAAAUGAGAUGAUACUGUUCUCAACAAGUGUUCCUGACAGAUUUGUCAAAUUAAAUAUAAAAAUGAA